AUGAGCUCUUCUCUCCCUAAAAGCGAGUCCACCACCUCUCUGCUCAAAUCCUCGGGGUUCCAACGGAGGACCGGGCUCGCGAAUAACGGUCCACAUGAUCACCGGAGGAACCGAACUCAGCAUCAGCAUCCAGUAGGAGCUGGAGGCGGAGGAGAUGCAGAUUGGACUGAGGAGUGCGAGACGAGCGCGCGGAGACCUCUCUGCCAACCAAGACAUUCAGAUCCUCGAAAUAUGGGUGAUCACCGCGUGCAGAAGAGCCACUCUCACCGGCAGCCGAGCCACCUGGAUGACGGUUACGCACAAGAGGAUGUGAGGCACAGGACGAGUCGGCAUCAGAAGGAGCGCACCAAGUCCUCCAGGUCCAAACACCCACAUCAUCACCACGAGUCCUCCAGAGGUGAGCAGCCUCAGCAAGGCGGCUCCCGGCAGGACAGGAGGACCUCUCCGACCUCCAUCCCAGCAAAAACAGGAGGAAGAAGCGGCUCUCUUCUUCGAGCCCAGAGAGAGAGUGAAACCGGGUCUUCCUCCAGUCUAAGCUCGGACCCUCCUGCGAUCAAGGCACCUGUCCAGCCCUCCUCCAGACGCAAAGGCAAGAGACUGAGCGCGACCCCGUCUGAGUAUGACGCCAGUCUGCAUCCCAUAGUGAAGUCCGUCUUUGGGCAGGACCAGAAGAAGAACUACAAAGCAGUGCAGUCUUGUGAGGAGGGGGGCUCUGGGGGGGCCUAUCUUGAGCCGCUAGUAGCCAUGGCCCAGAACGGAGGCAACAUGCACACCGUACUGGGGCCUGCAUGCAUCUUUCUACGCAAAGGCUUCGCUGAGAGCCGACAGGCUGACCGAGAGUUGAGGCCAGAAGAAAUGGAUGAGCUGCGUGAGGCGUUCAAGGAGUUUGACAAAGACAAAGAUGGGUUCAUCGGCUGUAACGACUUGUGGAACUGCAUGAGAACUAUGGGCUACAUGCCAACAGAGAUGGAGCUGAUUGAAUUGAGCCAGCAGAUCAACAUGAAUUUGGGAGGACAUGUCGACUUUGAGGACUUUGUUGAGCUGUAUGGACCCAAACUUCUGGCUGAGACUGCAGACAUGAUUGGGGUGAAGGAGCUGAGGGAUGCCAUUCAAGGAGUUGACACUAAUGGUGAUGGCCAGAUCAGCACAGCCGAACUCAGAGAGGCCAUGAAAAAACUCCUAGGACAACAGGUUGGACACAGAGAUCUGGAAGACAUUCUGCGAGACAUCGACCUCAAUGGAGAUGGACACGUAGACUUUGAAGAAUUCGUACGGAUGAUGUCUCGAUGAACUUUCUGACACAGAGUCGUCCGAGUUAGAACAAGACAAGGAUUCUCCACAUGGUUGAAAAAAGAAAAGAAAGACGAGUGCAGAAUCCUGAUGGAUCUUGAACUUUUGAACUGUCAAUGAACGAGAAAACAAAAACAUAUCAACCCUGUCCUGAAACUGCCACGCUGAAGCACAAGGCUGACGACCACAGCCGGGAGUGACACUGUCGACGAGGUGCAGCUGCCGUUUCUUCGAGCAUAAACAAAACCAACAGCUGCAUUCCUGACUUUUACACCGUAUAUUUUAAAAGAGCUCAUUCCUUCAGUAAUAACAACAUUCAUAAUGCUGAUGUGGCUGUUGACCUCAUGGGAGGAGGGUAACGGGUGUCUCAGUUCUUUUGCUCAAAUGUAAUAACUGUAGCAAUUAAUAAGACAUAUUUUGAAUUACAGCGUUAUGCCAGCCAAAACCAAUACAGCACAUGUUUUCUAAUGCUGAGGACGUCUUAAGCACAAAUAUGAAAUGGCAAUAUUGAAAGAUUUCAUGUGAUCAUGUUAAAGCUGUGUGUUUGUGUUUUUGUGCAAUCUAAUGUUUCUCUCCACCCUUACAGUAACUUUAAGAUGUCCCUACAGACUACUGUUAAACCCUGGUUAAAGAAAAGACAAUAUUGUUUUGUAAUUAUGUGUAAUGUAGCACUGAUGCAGUUCCUAAUAACAUUAUGCCUAUCUUACUGUGAUAUAUAUGUCAUUCUCAGUGUGCAUUAGACUCCUUCAUGUGCAAACGUUCUGAAGGACACUCAUUUUGUACAGUGAGUUGCUCAUUUGAAUGCGGUGGUUGGCCUUUUUGAUGACGUAUUUUUUUGAUAAUUUGGAUAUAACUUUGCAUGAGUUUGGCUGAUCAUCUAUUCCUAAACUCGAUUUAGGAAGUGAUCAAAGGGAGUUUUAAGGCUGCAUAUGAAAGACAGAUGCUGUUAAUGCUUUAAGUUUCACUAGAGAGCUUUGAUAAAUGUGUUUAUUUGUUGAGGUCUUUACAACUGUUCUGAUUUUUUAUUUUUACUGAGGUUCAACAGUUCAACUUUUGACUUUAUUACCUCAAACUGAAUCGAACAAUCAACCUCAUCCAUCAGCUGCCCCUAGCAUAACAUACAAGACCAAAUCAUUUACCCUACCAUUACCUUCAUUAUGUGUUUUUAAAGAAACAGCAUAUCAUCUGUUUAUGCAAAAAAGCCAAAGAAAGUUUACAAAAUUUCAUUUGAGUCUUAUUCAGUGUAGUGACUGUAUGCAGUAGUCUACAAAAUAUGAUCCAGGGGCGAUUAUAUUUUAUAUAAGGCUGCUUGAUUCGGGGUUUUAUGCAUGCUAUUAAGUUAAGAUAUCUCUCUGAAGUGAUAUCUUACUUUGUGAUUUUACUUGUCAUAACUGUGUGAAACUAUGCAUGCUAGAACAAACUGGAAUUUGUAGCAGAAUAUAUAUUAAAAAAUAAAGAUUUUUAUUGGAACUUGAGCAC